GCGGCAGCUUCGCCUGCGCCGUGGUUCCGCGCUCUGGACAGAUUCUUGUCGCCGGCGGAGGGUCUAGGCACACGAUGUUUGCUGCUGCAGGGACGAGGAUCCGCGCGGCGGAGCGAUAUGACGCGCGGAGGGACCGGUGGUACCCUAUAGAAGGGCUGCCGGGGUUUCGAGCGGGUUGCGUUGGCUUUGUGAGCGGUGGAGGGAGGGAAUUUUGGGCGAUGGGAGGUUACGGUGCGUCGAGGACGAUUUCGGGAGUGUUUCCGGUGGAUGAGUAUUAUAGGGAUGCGGCGGUGAUGGAAUUGGAUGGUGAUGGUGGUUGGAGAGAGGUUGGGGAUAUGUGGGGUGAUGGGGAGAGAGUCAGGGCUGGGAAAAUUGUUGUUGUUGAGAAUGAUGAUGAUGAUAAGAGUGAUUAUCCAGGUGUUUACAUGCUCGAUGGAGAUGAGAUUUUGAGAUAUGAUAUGUCAACAAAUCGUUGGCUGUGUGAAUCUCGUGUUCCAAGAAAAGCGCCGUACAAUUCCUCGUUCGGUGUUGUAGUUGUAAAUGGAGAGCUGUAUGUACUGACACAUUUAUGCAUCGUUGACAUGACAGAAACACGAAGGUCCAGACAGCAUAGGAGGGCUGGAACAUUGUACAUUCAAAUUUACAACCCAAAAAAGAAGACAUGGAGGUCUCUUGUCACAAAGUCACCUUUCAGUUAUCCUAUUGAUAUCAAUACUACUAUAUUGAGCUCAAUUUGUCUGUGAGCUUUAUGAACUGCACUGCAUUGCAUCUUAUUUGUAUAGUUUAUGAAUCUCCACCAAAUUGCUUGUGCAUUACAUCAUUUGAUCCACCUUGUUGCUUUGCUGGCGGCCUAUUUGUAUAUUUAUGUACCUAGUAGUAACAUAUUUAGUACAGGGAUGGUUCUUCUGUCAUACCAUCUGUAUUUGGAUAUAUAUGGGAUAUUGUAUCAUAUAUUACUGAAUUGUGUUAACCCUGAGGUACAGACUAUUUGUAUCUAGUAAAUAAAUGAAAUGGAUGUAUGUUUCAGAUUGUUGCUUGA